AUGAAGUAUCUUGGCCAUUUGCUGUCGGCUGGGAGCACAGAUCCAGAGCUGAAACAUUGCCUGCUCACUCAUGUCUGGGCAGAUGGCCUGCUGAGUACCAGCAUGGCACCAACCGAUGGAGCGAAAUUCUGGGUCAUGCUGUACCAAAAUCUUGACGAGGGAGAAAAGGCUGGCUUGCUGCGCAUUCUGAGUGUGAGAAGCAAACUCCAGGUGGCAAUAAACAACCUUCUGCGGGCACGCCGACCGGACAGGCAAUGUCUGGCUCGCAGUGACGAAGACGUCAAAGUGGAUCUGAAGGGUGUCCAUCGAAGCAUCGCCAGCUGCUGCCUUGACCGCAGUGGUGCGAUGGAAUGCCUGACCAGCCUCAUGCAAGUCAAGGACUUGCAUGUCUUCUCCCUGCUUGAUAGUUACUUCGGAGCUGCACCAGUCCACAAGGAGCGUUCGGAAAUACGCAAGGAAUUGGUGUCACGUGUGGGUUCCAAGUCGGCCUUGGGGUCGUUCUUGCACAUGCUGACAAGUAUUGGGAGUCCCAUGCCCCCUGAGCAAGGUGAUGCAAUAGUAACUGGGGAGUGUGGGGAUGCAGAAGCAACGCGAGAGUUUCUGGCCAAAGCAAGCAAGGAAGCACCCUCUCUGUUUGUUGGUUCGCUGAUUCAAAUCGCCAAAGCCGUAAAGGAGGGAAGCGAGAGCACAGCAGCGCAUAUGGUAGUGCUGCUGUCUCACUUGAGCACCAAGAUGGUUCAUUGCCUUGGCAGCGCUUCAAGAGAGCUGCUUCACUCUUUGGUCCCUGCACUGCAGCGAAUGUGCUCAAAACUGCCACCAAAGGCGGCCAAGGCAGCACUCAUGGCGCUGUCGGCAGUGGCAGAAAGCAGCGAGAGGACAGAGGUGCUGAGGGCUGUUUACACGAAUCUGGUGGAAGCACUGGAGGCCCCGGAGGCCGAGGGCAGCACAUCCUUGCCAUCUGUGCUGCAGGCACUGGGAGCACUGGGAAGAGUGGCUCCAGAUAUCUUCAAGGAGCGUGUGCACGACAUUGCUGAGUUUGUGCUGCAAGACUAUAUGCUGUGCGACUCUUAUGCCUCACCACUUUCAACACCAGAGUCAGACAGCCAGGGACAAUAUAGCAGCUGCAUCGUCCUCAAGGGACAGGCCCUCAAGGCACUGGGCGCAGGGUGCGUGCCAGAUAGAGGCAGCAAAACUGCAUCAGCGGCGGUGCUGGAUGCUGCAAAGCGCACUAUAAAAUUCUGCGAAGGACUCCUGCAUCCAAACGAAGACAUGACCCACCUGGGCGUUCAACACGAAGGGGAUGCAGGGCACCUGCGACUGGCAGCGGCCAGCACCCUCCUUCGCUUAGCCCGUCGUUUCAACUCCAACAUUCUGCCGUCCACAUAUGUGGCGCUGUCCUUAAUGAUCCAAGAUCCCUUGAUGGAUGUUCGGCAAGCAUUUUGCAUGAAGAUACGCAGACAUCUCCAAGUGCUGCAGGCCCAAAAGCUGUCUGGACAACGCUGUGCAAAAUUUGCUGCCUGCCUGCCCCUGGCUGCACUGGACCCGGCAGAAAGCAACCGAAUUGCUGCAAACAGGACCCUGCGAGAGUUUGUGUCUCGAAGACGCUCCACAACAGAGACCCUUGAAGGCUGUGCCAUCGUGGCGGCAUCAGGGGGCUCCAGCACAAUUCAUGAGCACCCAGAAUUCACCAUCCCAUACCUCAUCUAUUUGCUUGCACACCAUCCAGAUUUUCCUGGGGGAGAUGCUGUCGAUGAAAUGGGCUGUGAAGUGUACGACCCGUUUCAGGAGAUGCUGGCGUUUGGCCUGCUGCCCCUCCUUGUGGACCGCACCACUAAAAGAACGAGUGGCACAUACCCAGCGAUCUGCAAGCUGUUGCGAACCAUCAAGCGUGCCAGCGACGCAACAGAGCCAGACAAGAGCGAGAACAUCCGCAUUCUGUGCGACAUCGGCUUGAGCUUGGCAUCAAAGAUCGUGGAGAUGGCGUUGCAUGGCAAGGAACUCCGGGAGCAGCGGUAUCCAGCAAGUGUAUCACUGCCCAGAGCGCUCUACAAGACUGUUGAUGUGCACAGAGAAGGCAACAAGCACGAGGAUGGCAGUCACCUGCCGAAAGAUCUGGAGCUCAUUGAUGUUGACUUUCGACUAUCGAACGCUGAAUUGGAGACGCACCCCGGAAAAGAGAAUGUUGGUAAAGCGACUAACAAGAGGAGACGAUGUCGAGAGGAUAGCGAGGAAGAGAGAGAACAACCAACACCACAGGAACGCGAACCACGUCGAAAACGGGGAAGGAAGAGAGGCGCGGCUUGA